UACCAGUACUUUUUUUUUUUAAUUUUUUACUAAAUUCGAAGUCCAUCUGCAUUCUGCACGACAAAAGAAACGUGCUGUACACUUGUACGACCAAAUCCCUCCCACGUUUUCAUUUGAGAAAGAAAAGAAAAGUGUCGAUUUCACAGAUCGGUUAGCUUCACCCUUUCCUGGUUUAACCGUUUAACAUCAUCCCCAAUUGGAUUCAUUUCAAACCCGUUUGUCUAUAUUUAGAUUGCAUAUUUCUGUAACAUCUACUGUAUAUUGUUUUCUUAUCCUCCUUCGAUCUAUAUUUCCUACAUACGGAGUAUUUAAUAAAUAGAAGAGUUUUGUCCGUGAAUCGUUGUUUGUCUAGGUAGUUUUCAACCUGCUUGCGGUUCUUUUUUAGUCUUUCUAGGUGGAUAUCUAGUGUCUCAAAGCCAGGCGUUUUCAUACUCUAUUAUUAAAUAUUUAAAUUAGAUUUGAUUGGGUAAAAAAAAUAUUUUAUUUUUUAAUUUGCAUGGUUGUAUUUAGGGAUCUAGGGUUAGUUAAUUUUGAUAACCACUAUUCCGGAGGGGAAUAGUUAUUUUGAAUACUUUUUUAUUCGGUUAAUCCAUUUGGAUUUAGAUCAGUUUCGAAGAUCUGGUUCGAUUUGAAGAGCACCCCUCCACUUUCAGAUUAACAUGGUGGAAAAGCGGUCAUUUGACCAAGAGCUGAAUCUGCCAUCUUCCAAGCAGCCUAGGAUUGUGAGCCGUGAUGAGCAGAUAGCUUCUUUGGGGUUUUCUCAUGAUCAAAUUGCUAUCAAUUAUCACUCAUUAGGUGAAGGUGAGGAGGACAUUUCAUUUCAAAAAAAAUUCACAAGUGAUAAUAAAUUUGAUGGUGGCUGUACUGAUGACUUCCAGAGUUCAGAGAGAGAUAUAGAACCAGGCAUUCAUCCUGGUUCUUUCACUAGCAGCACCUGUGAAGAUAUUAAGUCAGAGUAUCCUUAUCACAUUUUAUUGUCUCCUGAGCAUUACAACCUCAACGUUUCGCGAUCAAAACUGAUAUAUUCUACUCUCAUUAGAAGCCCUCCUCAAAAGCUGGUUCCUCUUGGUCCGGAUCAUCAGGCAGAAUUACCUGAUUUGUUGGGACAGGAACAUAAUGAUACCUCCCAAGCUUCGGAUUCACAUAGCAAUGCCCAUUUUAGUGAUGAAAAUAGACUUUGUGGGACCUGUAUCAUACCCAUGCCCAAACAAGACUCGUCUGGAUACAAUGAAGUGAGUAGUCCAGGGAUUAUAAGCAGCAGUUGUCUUUGUGAAGAUGCAGGCUCCAUCAGAUGCAUCCGCCAGCACAAUUCUGAAGCAAGAGAGAAACUCAAGAGAAUGCUUGGGGAGGAGAUAUUUGAGAAGCUUGGAUUUUAUGAUAUGGGUGAAGUUGUGGCGUUGAGAUGGAGCGAAGAAGAGCAGGAGUUGUUCCACGAUGUUGUCUUUUCCAACCCUGCAUCUCUGGGAAAGAAUUUCUGGGACAAUCUUGGUGUUGAGUUCCCUUCAAGAACUAGGAAUCAAAUAGUGAGUUACUACUUCAAUGUCUUCAUGCUGAGGAGGCGAGCUGAGCAGAAUAGGUUUGACCCCUUGAAUAUUGAUAGUGACAAUGAUGAAUGGCAUGCAAAUGUGGAGUCAUCUGGUGAUGAAGCUAAAAUGAGUGAUGAUGAUAAAGAUUCACAUGCAGAGUCGCCUAUUUAUCUGGAUGACGAUCAUCGCCCUGACGAUGAUCGAUCAGCAUGUAAUCAGGAUAUUAGCAAUUUGGCAAAUAUGCCUGUCAAUCAUGAACAAACUGUUAAGUAUCUUCCGGGAUCUAAAUGCACACUUAGGGAUACAGAUACAGUUAUUCUGAAUGGAGAUGAGAACUGUAAUGCUGUUGUCAUGCCACAAGAAGCACAUGUGAAAGGUGAUGUCAUUAAAGAUUGGCAACAUAGUCUUGUGGGUAUGGGUAGCAGUGAAAGCGGUGGGCAUGAUUGUGUGUUGGAGCACGAGCACUGUAUUGGUGGAAAGGAAUGGGAUAUUGGGUUCUUUAGCUGCAACCCUAAAUGCAAUGUGGAUUUCUUGCCCAAUUGCAGUAUGAGGGAAGAGUUUUUUGGGGGAAUUAUCCCAAGUAGAGAUGAUUGUCAUGGACCCUAACAAUGAUUUACUCCGUAAUAUUUAUUGGAAUUGCCUCAAGCUAGUGUUUUUGCAUGCAAUCUGGAGAUUGUGUUUCUUGUUUAGGCUAGGCUAGUUUCACAAUUUGGCCCCAAUUUGAUGUGGUUGAAUAUUGAUUCUAUUUUUUAUUUUUCCUGAAUGUAGGAUGUGAUGUAUUCACCGAGACAGGUACAUGCAUGAACUAGUGAAGUGAGAUGGGCAUGACAAUUCAUAGGUACAUUCAUUACUACCCCAAACAAGAGUGUUUGGGGUAGGAAGACGAUGGUAUGGUUCUAGGGUUAUAUGUGUGUGUAUAUAUGUAUUUGUAUAUAUACAAUACAUCUAUAUCUAUAGAAUAAGCAAUAUGGCAUAGUCCUUUUUGUGAAAUUAUUGGACAAGAAAACUAAAAAGAUGACCAGCUUUCCAAUCUAUUCUUUUUCUAUUAUGUAUGUACAGUUUAUUGUGUUAUUCAUUAAGUCCUUUAUAUCCAAUUUGAAGUUCUUUGCUA